AUGGAGGAGGCACUCAACGGCACCAUUGAUCCAGCUUGUUUACAAGAGCCCCCGCUGGCUAUUGAUGUGAUAAAGCAGCUAGAUGUGUUUGGAUUUUGCCUGUACGCCAUGCUCACCCUCAUGUCCUGCAUCUCCCUGCUGCUCUACCUGGAGCAGUGCAUUUACAUUUAUAGAAAACUGCCCUAUUCCAGGAAAACGACCAUCAUUUGGAUAAAUGGUGCAGCACCAGUCAUUGCCACCAUGUCCUGUUUUGGGAUGUGGGUCCCGAGGGCAGUCAUGUUCACAGACAUGACAUCUAACUGUUAUUUUGCAGUCGUGGUGUACAAGAUGUUGGUGCUGUUAAUCGAUGAGUUGGGGGGCAGCAACAUUUUUCUGGAGCGGUUUACUGGUAAAACCUUUAAGAUCAGCACAGGACCCUGCUGCUGCUGCUGUGUCUGUUUACCACGUGUGCCCAUGUCAUGGAAAAUGUUAUUCUUGCUGAAGUUUGGUGCCCUUCAGUAUGCAAUCCUAAAGACAGUGCUCUCUAUCCUCGCCAUAAUACUGUGGACAAAUGGCAACUUUGAUCUCGCUGAUCUAGAUAUUACUGGUGCAGCCAUAUGGAUAAACCCAUUCAUUGGCAUCCUCACUAUCAUCUCUCUUUGGCCUGUUGCCAUCAUUUUCAUGAACACAAACAGCUCUCUACGCAGCAUCAAUAUUGUACCCAAGUAUGCCAUGUACCAACUAAUACUCGUAUUGAGUCAGUUACAGACUUCAAUAAUUAACAUCCUGGCCUUGGAUGGAACCAUCGCCUGUGCGCCUCCCUUCUCCUCCCAGGCUCGUGGAUCCAUGCUAAGUCAGCAGAUGAUGAUCAUGGAGAUGUUCAUCAUCACUCUGAUCACUCGGUUUUUGUACCGUCGUACAUAUGACACACUUCCUUCUGAGGCACAUGACAACAACCAGAACGCCAAGGUUGCCUUGCAGGCUUCUCUUGUGGAGCACGAUGUCUAAAAAAAGAAGAAAGAAUGGGAAAGAGUGGAAGUAAAUGCUGCUCUUUAUAUGAUGCAUCAGAUCAUCAAAUUGUCAAGCUUGUUGGAGAGUCUGAUAAACUAUCACUAUCUGUACGGUAUCUGUAUCAGUACUAUCUGCAUGGCUAGAUGCCAGUAGGGAUGAGUGAGAAUAUUUUUUCAUUUGAGUGAACUGACUUUUAAAGUUUUACCUUAAACAAGAAUAAUUAAAGACAUUUGGGGAUACAGUGCUUCUUUUCAGCCUGUAACUAGGAUCUGAGUGAGAUGAACAGAGCCUUCUUACAAAAUACAGAGGUGUAACAGCAUACUGAUGUAUGACACAGAGAUAUACGACAUAGAGAGGUUGAAAGGUUGAAAAAUGUGGAAAAAGUGGUCAUUUGUACUGGUAUUAUGCAGGUUUGUGAAUAUUUGUGUUAUGGUUCUGUCCUAGUCUGGCACAGUAACGGUGACCUUGGCUGAGGUGUUUAACAUGUUGAUGUGAGGCCAACAAUCACAUUUGAUGUAUUUUGUAGUGAAGUGAGCAGUAAACACUGACACAGUAUUCAGUUGGUUAUUUAUUAAUGUAUACAUUACAGUGCCCAGGUUGCAUGUAUUAACCUAUACUAAGGAUCCACCAAAACCUGAAAACAUUUGUUAAAAAAGGAUUUUUUGUUCACUGAGCAGCAUGUACAGAUAAGUGUUUGUAAAAGUUUUAUGAAGCCAACUUAAAUCUGUCUGUUAUAUUUGUUUGUCUUCUAUAACUGCGUACCAGUUAAAUGUCUGACUGUCUCUUAACACAACCUAGAAGAACAGACAGAUUUAUUCAAAGCUUGCUGACACACUUACACAGACUUGUGCUCAGUGAAUGUGGAUGAGACAGCAGCUUUAUUUUCAGACUCAGUACAUUUUGCAGCCAUCUAUGGCCAA